CCAGCCCCGGCCGCCGCCGCCCGCUGCCUAUUUUAGUCCGAGCGGCUGCGGGCGCGGGGACCCGACGCGCGCCGAGCAGCCUCCGGACCCGCCGAACCUCCGAGGCUUGGGCGUCCGGGCGCCCGUCGGGCCGCCGCGCCGGUGUCCCCCGCGCCCCGCCGCUCGCUGCUCCAAACUUUGGCCAGCGCCGCCCAGGCUCGGUGCCAGGGACGAGCCAGGGCCGCCGGGUCCUGCACCGAGACGGUGCGCUGUGUCGCCGCCGGCCCGGAGCUGGGAGUGUGAGGAGCAACGCGCUCAGGGCGCAUCCCUCGUAGUCCGCGAGCUCGGGAUCCAGGAGAACAGUGGACACCGACCCCUUCUUUCAGGAACCAGGAAUUUUCAAGAUGAAUUAUACUGAGUCCAGCCCAUUGGCAGAAUCACCUGCAAUAGGUUUUACAUCUAAGUUAGAAAGUAUUAUACCUGUGCCUUCCAAUGAGACCACCUGUGAAAACUGGAGAGAAAUACAUCAUCUAGUUUUUCAUGUAGCAAAUGUUUUUUUUGCAAUUGGGUUGGUUAUUCCAACUACUCUUCACCUCCAUAUGAUACUUCUUAGGGGGAUGUUAGCUAUAGGAUGCUCUUUUUACAUCAUGUGGGCCACACUCUACCGAUGUGCCUUGGAUAUCGUGAUCUGGAACUCAGUGUUCCUCGGUGUCAAUAUGUUGCAUCUUUCAUAUCUUUUGUUCAAGAAAAGACCGGUCAAGAUUGAAAAGGAGCUCAACGGCGUCUACCGGCGAUUGUUUGAACCACUCCUAGUGCCUCCAGAUUUGUUCAGAAGACUAACUGGACAGUUUUGUAUGAUCCAAACCUUGACAAAGGGCCAGACUUAUGCUGCAGAGGAUAAAACCUCAGUCGACGACCGUCUGAGUAUUCUCCUGAAGGGAAGAAUGAAGGUCUCCUAUCGAGGACAUUUUCUGCAUAACAUUUACCCCUGUGCCUUUAUAGAUUCUCCUGAAUUUAGAUCAACUCAGAUGCACAAAGGUGAAAAAUUCCAGGUCACCAUUGUUGCAGACGAUAACUGCAGGUUUUUAUGCUGGUCAAGAGAAAGAUUAACUUACUUCCUGGAAUCCGAACCUUUCCUGUAUGAAAUAUUUAGGUAUCUUAUAGGAAAAGACAUUACAAAUAAGCUCUACUCAUUGAAUGACCCCACCUUAAAUGAUAAAGCCAAAAAGUUGGAGCACCAGCUCAGCCUCUGCACACAGAUCUCCAUGCUGGAAAUGAGGAACAGCAUAGCCAGCUCCAGUGACAGCGAGGACGGCUUACACCAGUUCCUCCGGGGCACCCCCAGCGUGUCCUCUCUCCAUGUGUCCUCCCCACACCAGCGCGCCUCGGCCAAGAUGAAACCAAUAGAAGAAGGAGUGGAAGACGAUGACGAAGUCUUUGAACCCGUGUCCCCAAAAACAUUUAAAGUCCAUGAGUUGCCUUGAUCAGAAGAAGAGCCAAGUUACCAAGAUGGAAAUGGUCUUGAAGAGAUCCCGAAAAAUACCAGCACUUUGUCACUGCUCUUAGAUUAUUCCGCUUUAGGACAUCCAGACGGUACAAUCUAAGGGCAGAAAAGUGAGGAAGAGUCAAAAGUGGGGAGGUUAUUUUAGCUCUCUUUUCUAUUGGUCAGCUUUUUAAGUGGUGGUUUUCCUGAGCCUUCUGACUAAACCUAGUUCUAUUUUGAGAUACAUAUUUUCACAGUAUUUUCUAGAUACACUAUCAUUUUAACUUUAAAAAUCUUAGUGUUCUGUCCAUUCAAAUGCCUUUCCAUUACUUUUCAAGGCUGUGGUUCAUCUUGCUCACAGGCAGUUUUUUCUCUACCAUGGCGGUGGCGUUGUCUAUUCCAUAGCUUUAGCACACAAUGCAGGUUUGAAAUUGAGGUUGCAGUAGCAUUAAAAAGCAGGGAAUCUCAGGC